AUAUGGGUCAAUUUGUAACACGUCAUUUGAUUUUUUUUUUUUAACAGUAUUGUGUCAAUUUUUCGAAAAUAAAAAAAAAAUGAUGAAAAGAGUUGUACUUUUAAUUUUUCUCUUUCUACUUUUUGCUGAAAUAAGUCUAACGCUAAGAAACGAAAAUGGGGAAACUCGGCCGAAGGAUGGCAUGUUUGUCCAAAUUGAUAGAGAUAUGAAUGAGCCCCCUUACUCGGUCAUUAACGUUUACUACACCGAGUCGCUUAUAAACGAAGAUUUAGAAAAAGAAAUAGAAAACAACAGGAAAAUAGAGCAAAACAAAAUGAAGAAUUAUUUCAGGAAGAAUUUGACGGGCAACAAAUAUUUCAUGGAUUAUUCGAAAAAACAAAGGGAGCAAAUGGAGUCACUUCUCGAUUUGAGCGGAUAGUCCGGAGAAAUUAAAAAGUCUUCUGUUUGGAUGGCUGUUCACAGAGUAUGCGCGGCGCCAUUUAAAGCUGGUAAUAACUGAGAGUGAAAAGGAACGCACAUGUUUUGUACACCCAAUUUGUUACAUACGUUUA